AUGUCAUCAGUAUUUUCUACAUCUCCAAAGGCAAUCCAUGAACUAUUACAUAAAAAUGAAGCGAUGGAUACGCGAAGAAAAACUUCAACUAAGCGAAAAGAGGAAAUGACGAAAGCAACCGCUGUUCAAACUCGAAUAGCAGAACUUCGUAAAUCAACGACGAAACAUGGAGUUUAUAGUGUAUGUGUACUAAAUAGCCAUGGAUUCGAAUAUACGGGUGAAGGAGAUACAGCGAGAUGUGAUAGCUGCGGACUAAAGAUAUCAGACUGGACAUUAGAUAUCGACCCUAGAGCAAUUCACUUCGAAAAGAGUCCUGAUUGCUCAUUUCUAAAGUCUCUGAAGUUAAAAUCACCGGAACUAAUACACCAUUCAACAUCAUCAUCAUCGUUGGCAACAACCGCUCAUAAUUCGUCGUCAUCGAAUGAAUCGGAAAAGCCCUCGAAGCGAAUAAAAAUAGAACAAAAUGAGUUAAUGUCAUUAGUUAGUAUGUUAUACGAAACGAAUCUACUUCAACAAGUACGAAGAAGGACUUUUUCUCAUUGGCCAAGUCGUAGUAUUCCAUCUGUAGCGCAAAUGAUGGAAGCUGGAUUCUUCAACUGCAAUGUGGGUGACAGGGUGAUAUGUUUGUAUUGCAAUCUUAUCUGUCAGCAAUGGACUCCUCAUACUGAUGAUCCGAGCGAAAUUCAUAAAACACUUUCGCCGAAGUGUCCAUAUGUUAGAGCGAAAUUGAUACGUCCCCCGGCAUCGUCAAUAAUUAUUGUAAAUGAAGGCGGAGCUACUGCGGUCACUGGCACCAAUUCAUCAUCAAACCAAUUUGAUCCAUUAAGAUCGAACGAAAUCGUUUUCACAGCUGCUUGUAAUCCUGCUUACACAGAAAUACCAAAGCGUCAUGCAUCAUUUGAACAGUGGCCAAAGGAGAAUUUACCUUCCGUCGAUGAUUUGGUACGAGCCGGUUUCUUUUAUACUGGUUCGAAAAGUAUCGUAACCUGCUUUUAUUGCAAUGGAUCGCUACAGAACUGGGGUCCAAACGAUAAUCCUAUGAUCGAGCAUGCAAGAUGGUUUCCGCAUUGCGCAUAUGCAAAACAACUGUGUGGUGAUGAUUUGUAUCGUAAGAUUCAGGAGUCAAAACGAGCACAGCAAGAGCGGGCGAAAGCCAAUGAACUUAGAGAGAGAGCGACUGUAAGUGGAACAACAAAUACAACAGGCGCUGCCACAACAACCAAUAACCGUCAAUUAUUAAUACCUGAUGAAAGUACUUUGUCAAGACUCGUGGCAGCACGACUCGAUUUACCAAUUUCUCAACGAUUACUCGAUCAAAAUUUCAAAUUAUCUAUCAUCAAACGUUGUUGGGAAGAUCAAUUACGAUUGAAACAAGAUGAUUUUCAAUCAGAAUGUGACCUCUUCAUUGCUUGCACUAUUCUCCAGAAGCAAAUCGAAUACAUCGAUGGUAAAAAGGAGAAUAUUGUCAUACCAAGCAUCAAGAUGAAACAGAUUCGAGAAAAAAAUGAAGCACAACUUCGUGAGCCAACAUCUAAUCAAGCACCAGUGAUCUCCAAUCCAACAGAUGCUGAAAUGACUACAUCAUCACAGUCUUUAACAAACGAAUCGGUCUCCUCCCAAUCUUCGAUUGAAUCAACUUCCAAACCAACCACACCUGGCAGUCAAGGAGAAACAAAAUCCAUUAAACAGAUCGUUUCAUCAAGCAGCGAACACGAUCAAUCGAACUCUAAUACUCCAUCAAAUCCAUGUGUACUUUGCUUAACAGAAGAAAAACGAUUAGCCUGCAUACCCUGUGGCCAUUUAGCCACGUGUGUUCCUUGUGGACAUUCUUUGAGAUCAUGUCCAAUGUGCAGACGCGAAAUAGAAGCCUUUAAAAGAAAAGGCACGCAUAUUUUCAUGCCUCGAUAUCUACUUUUUUUUGCUCAUGAACUGAUCGAUUUCCGACUGGCUGAAUUAUUCAGUUUGGCAGAAAUGUUCGGUUUUCGAGAGAGUAUGACAAUCGAAAGAAAACCAGAGCAAGAUCCAUUUAUGCUAUGCACAUUUUCUAAUGUGGAUCAUUUAAAAUUGUACUCGUCUCGAUCUGUGCUACUGAAAUCUGCUUAUGAAUAUUGGACACACGGAUCAUCAAUGGUCGAUGUUGUUGACAAAUUGACCGUCAAUUCCGAUUUGCGUCCGAAACCUAAUGAAACAUGGCGUAUACUUGUUCAUGCUUUUCGAAAACAAUUUGCACAACCGGAAAAAGUUCAACGAAUUGAAGCAUUCAGUGAUCGAUUGAAUAUCACAAAUCGAUUUUGUUUAAAUAAUAAAGCGGAUUGUACUGUUGGUCUGUUCGAAAACUACGAAGAAGGACUACUGGAACAACCGAAAGAAGUUUUCACUGGGCGAUGGAUAUGUGAUGGAGCACGUCAUUUGAUUGAAAAGUAUGACGUGCGAAAGCGUUACUUCAUUGGCAAUACAACCAUGGAUGCUACAUUAUCAUUUGUCAUGGCAAACAUGGCUCAGUGCCAACCGAACCAUAUCGCUCUUGAUCCUUUUUGUGGAACAGGUGGUAUCCUACUGGCUUGUGCAGAAUUCGGUAGUUAUGUAAUUGGAAGUGAAUUUGACUGGCGUGUACUAACAGCACAAGCUAAACCAACGAAAGCCAAUACGAAGCAACGUGCUCGUAACCCCGAUGAAAUGAUGUACCGAAACUUUUCUGAUUAUGGCACAUUGAGUCGUUUCUUAGGUGUCGUUGGUGCGGAUUUUGCCUAUCCACCGUGGCGACAAGGGUUUACAUUCGACGCUAUCAUUUCCGAUCCGCCCUAUGGUAUUCGUGAAUCCUCUCAGCACAAAAGUCGUCGUCAAGGUGACUCGGCCGAAGGCGAUGCACAGAAAUAUGACUUAACAAAUAUCUAUGUUGAUUUGUUGAACUUUGCAAAUGUUUAUCUUCGUAUCGGUGGACGAUUAGUUUUCUGGAUGCCUACGCAUAUCAUGACUUAUGAUGAAAGUUUAUUACCAACACAUUCGUGCUUUCAAUUAUUUUCCAACGAUGAACAACAACUCAAUCGAACAACUAGCCGACGGCUAAUAACAAUGGUGAAAACACGCGAGAGUCAAGGUGAUGAGAAGGCAACAGUGAAUGAAAAAUUAUUUAGUAACUUUCGUGAUUUGUAUUUUACGCCCAAUACGAAAAUAUGGGAACAACUAACUAGCGAAAAUGCUGUGAUCGAUUCAUCUGUUAUUUCGAAAAAACGAAAUCAUGAAGAUUGA